ACGUUCUAGUCUUCACAAUGUCAGCGAUCUGUUUGUGAUGGGCGGAGCUUUAGUCCUGGAGUCGCUGGCAUUGCUGCACUGGUGUGAGAGGCAGGGCUGGGGUCCGCUAGGGUUGUCUGGCGUUUCUAUGGGAGGCCAUAUGGCAUCUUUAGCUGCUACCAACUGGACUAAGCCGGUCACCCUGGUACCAUGCCUCUCCUGGAGCACCGCUUCUUGUGUGUUUACUCAGGGUGUCAUGAGUGGAGCUAUUCCCUGGAAGACACUUCAAGAGCAGUUCUUUGAGAACAGCGUGUACCAGGAUGAGAUCAGAAAGCUGAUUGUGUCUCCAGAAGAGAAAUUUAAACACAAAGCUUAUGACAUGGGCCAGCAGUUUGUGAAGGAGUACUCCCAGGAGAUUCUGCAUGUGGAAUCCCUACACCAGCAGUUCAGCAGUGAGCAGAAGCAAACAACAACCCCUUUGGGAACAUCAACGCCCAACCGUCCGGGCUCAGUACUUCCUGACACUCAUUCAGCCGUAACAAACCCUGCAGCUAAUCAGCCUUUGCAACAUUUAACUGUUUUAGAAAACUUUGACAAAAAUAACCCCAGUCUGAACAGUGUCUUAGGUGCCAGUAUAAAUGAAAAUCAAAAUGUUAAAGAUGUGAAACCAACGCUGACCCCAGAGGAGUAUAUAACACGGGUAAGUAGCCAACAGUCUUUCAGUGAGGAGCAAAGUGUUUCAAUGCUUUCACCAAGCAGCAAUCCGGCAGAAAGUAUUUUAACCGCAAUAUCUACAACACCUGCAAAUGCAGUGUCCAAACCAGCAGCGAUUGUGACACUGCAUCACCAGUCAGAAGCAGCUCUUGCUUCUUCGUCUUUACAGCAGCAUUCUAUUUUAUCGUCGUCUGCAGUACCAGUUGUAAAUUCAAGUUCUUCAUUAUCUGAUAAACAAGCGAAGCCAAGUGAGGCAGCAACGAAGGAUUCUAUGCAGACUUUGAAAUCUGGAAAGGUUAAACAGUCUGUGCUUGUCUCAAAUGUCCAUUCGAUGGCUGAAACUGACAACCUAACUUUGAAAGAUGCCUUUUCAAAGUCCAGGCUUUUGAUUUCUCAUUCACGAUCAUCAGUACCAGUAAGGGAUGAACAGGUGAAGAAUCUUCAGCUAGAGGCACUGGAUUUCAUGAGGGGGGUGAUGGAUGAGUGUACUCAUCUUGGAAACUUCUCUGUUCCAGUAGAUCCUGAGUUGAUUAUCAUCGUUUCUGCUAAGCAGGAUGCUUAUGUUCCCAAGGAGGGAGUGAUUGGGCUUGAUCAGUUGUGGCCAGGUUGUGAGGUGCGCUACGUGGACCAGGGACAUGUCGGAGCAGUUUUAUUUAAUCAAAGUGUGUUUCGGAAAGCUAUCUCUGAUGCGUUUGAUCGUCAGAUCAAGAAAUAUUACCAAGUGCCACACAGUGAGGCAGAUGUUGAGCAUUCACUGAAGUCUGGCAGAUAG